GCAGGCUUCCCGCUGAGCAGGGAGCCCGAUGCGGGGCUCGAUCCCAGGACCCCGGGAUCAUGACCUGAGCCGAAGGCAGACGCUUAACCAUCUGAGCCACCCAGGCGCCCCUCAACUUCAUUUUAUACGUAGCUGGAAGAAUUGAGGCAAAGGAUUAUCUUGGGUCUUUCCUGCUGUGCCAUUUUAGGAGUUAGAAAAUUAAAUUAAGUGGGUAAAUAUAGCCCCCUAGUGGUUCUGUUACAUGUUUACACUGUUAACUGGUGCAUCUAGCAUUUCUCUGAAGUUACUGAUUUUGAAAAAUUAACUUGAAAAGAAUCAGAUUUUAGUAUUCAUACAUGACAUAAAGAAUAUGGGGGGGGGGAGAAGUGAUAGGGAUAUCUUAUUCUAACAAUUUUCAUGCUACAUUAUAACCCGUUUGUAUACUACUUUUUGGGUUAUUACAGGGUGGUCCAGAAUAUUAGAAUUGCUCUGUACCUUACAAGAUGAAUGAUUGAAUCCAGAUUCUUUGCUGAGAUAUGCUAUGAUUGUUAUUAUCUGAUAAUUACUUGUGCAUAUCAAAACAUAGGGUAAAUUAAGUAAAGUGGGCUGUGAAGUAGAUCAUAUAUAUCCAUGCCAUGAAAUACAAGCUAUUAAUGUUAGACUUAGGUUUAUUGGCCUGGAAUUUAUGAUAUGACUUUAGGGGAAAACAAGUUAACAGAAUGAUUUUAUAUAUGCAUAUCUCCCCAUUUUUGCUUAAAAGAAAAAAAGUGGGAGAAACCUCAAAUCCUAGUAUGAAUAUAUGUUUGUAUAAGCAAAGAAAAACAGAAGAUACACACCAAAAAAUAUUACUACCUCUAAGGAAGUGAGACUUGGAAGGAUGGAAGGAGAUUACUUCUUUGUUUAUGUCUGAUUAUUCAAAUUGUUAUGGAAAAAGAAACAAAUGGAAGAACUUGAAAGGCUCGGCAGAAAGCAGGGACCUUAAUCUGAAAAGUUUUAGGAGACGAAGCCUUGUUCUUAAUUUCAGAACUGAUUUCCAGCAGCAGUCAGUUAAGUCAGCUCCUGCUGAUUUUGAGUUUGCUUAUUGUUUGAAUGGGAGGUAUGUACUUGAUAAUCUCCUUAGAUACAGGACUGAUGCCCCAAUUGUUUAAAAUGUGUGGUGCUUGGUAUUUCUUUUUAUUUUGCUAAUAAGCUUUUUCCUUGUUCUGGGAAUUAAAAUCCUUUCCUCUCCAGCCCAAUUAAGUUUGUUAAGGGAGGGCCUCUAUGAAAAGGCCCUUCUUCGAGGUCUGUAAGUGGAAAUGAUUGGUUCUGAAAAUUCUUUCUUCAUUGGUUCUUAAGAUAUUUCAUAAUUAUUGAAGGCUCAUUAUGAAGGCUGUCUCAAUUUCUUUCCUCCAAAAUGCUAAGGAAUAAUUUAGACAACAGUACAGACUCUAAAAAUGAAGAUGGCUCUGUCUUUUCACAGACUGAACACAAUAUUGUUGCAGCUUACUUGAUCACAGCAGGUAUAAUAAGUAUUUUCAGCAACCUAAUAGUUCUGGGCAUCUUCAUUAAGUACAAGGAACUUCGGACACCCACAAAUGCAAUUAUCAUUAACCUGGCUGUUACUGAUAUAGGGGUCAGUAGCAUUGGCUAUCCCAUGUCUGCAGCUUCAGAUCUGUAUGGAAGCUGGAAAUUUGGAUACGCAGGAUGCCAGAUUUAUGCCGGAUUGAAUAUCUUUUUUGGAAUGGCAAGUAUUGGACUACUCACUGUUGUGGCCAUGGAUAGAUACCUGACCAUCUGUAGUCCGGACACAGGAAGAAGAAUGACCAGCAACACUUACAUCCUCAUGAUUCUGGGGGCCUGGCUCAAUGGACUCUUUUGGGCUUUGAUGCCUAUCAUAGGGUGGGCUAGUUAUGCCCCAGAUCCUACUGGGGCUACUUGUACCAUAAACUGGCGGAAAAAUGAUGCAUCUUUUGUUUCUUUCACGAUGACAGUUAUUGUGAUAAAUUUUAUUGUGCCCUUGACAGUGAUGUUUUACUGCUAUUACCAUGUCACUCGAUCCAUUAAAUGUCAUACCACUAGUAACUGCACUGAGUACCUCAACAGAGACUGGUCAGAUCAGGUAGAUGUAACAAAGAUGUCUGUGAUAAUGAUACUUAUGUUUCUGGUGGCGUGGUCCCCUUAUUCCAUCGUGUGCUUAUGGGCUUCUUUUGGUGACCCAAAGAAGAUUCCUCCCUCAAUGGCCAUCAUAGCUCCGCUAUUUGCAAAAUCUUCUACAUUCUACAAUCCCUGUAUUUACGUGGUUGCUAACAGAAAAUUUCGGAAGGCAAUGUUUGCCAUGUUCAAAUGUCAGACUCACCAUGCAAUGCCCGUGACGAGUAUUUUACCAAUGGAUAUAUCUCAAAAUCCACUGGCUCCUGGAAGAAACUGAAAUAAGAGAAAAAGUACACAGCAUCAAAAUAUCUUAUUUACUUUUCCCCCCAGUGGUUUAGUUUUAUUUUAAAUAUGAUCCUGGUUAGAUCAGAUGCAGACAUAGAUUAUUGUCUUAUUAGACCCUAAAUUCCUCAAGUGUAGCUCCUGGUUCUUCCGUUUGAGGGAUGGCUAUUCUAGUGAUUGCUUAUUUCCUUCAUGUAAACUUACUAUUCAUCUCCUUUGAUGAAUCUAGGCACAUGAGAUUAAGGCCCAUUCUCUUUCUCCCAAUCAUGGCAUUCAUUACACUGUAUCAAUGACCUCGAAACUUUCCUGGACUCUCCAUUAGACUAGAAGUAGCCACUAUUUUAAUGUUAAAAUAAAUUAAUAAUAAUAAUAAUAAUAGUCAUCAAUCAGUAAAUUACUGAAAUGAGUUGUUGGAUGUUCCUAGGUAGACGGAAAACAUUUUUAGCAUUUCACACUUUUAAAAUUGUAAUACAAUUAUUAACUUCUAUUUGACAAAAAUAUUAAACACUAUUGCUUCUAAGUCACAUUAGUUGAUGCACAUACUUUAUAUAGCAAUAUAAUCUCUCUGCAUAUUUUAUGUAUUCUGCAUUUUUAAUUAACAUUUUUCUGUAUAUGUAUUUCCAUAUAUUUGCCACUGGAAUUUAAUCAAUAUUUUUGUAUAUUUGUUCUCUUCUUCCUGUUUUGUUUGUCUGAAAUUUGUUUUAUUCUGGCAAGAGCACAACAUGGAUCUAUCCUCUUAACCAGUUUUUAAGUGUACAGUACAGUAUUGGUAAAUAUGUGUACAGCAGAUCUGUAGAACAUGUUGUCUUGCUUAACUGAAACUUCAUGUCCAUUGAUAGCUGUAUGCUUGUUCUUUGAUGUAUCCUUAGCAGGUAGAUGCAUUUUGCCUGGCACAUAGUAGGCACUCAAUAAAAAA